AUGGCUAGGCCCUUGCUUGGAGGAGAUAAUGCCGUGGCUUUUGGGUUGAUUGACAUAUGGUCUGUUAUUACUAGAAUGUUAUCACUUAAUGGAUGGCUUCCAAUGCAGCUUAAGCUACUCAAGAUGGAGUCUGGAGCAAAUGCAGAUGGACUAAUGCUUACACCAAGUGACAAAGAUGUUGGCCAAGGAUUUGUCUCGGUCUCCGAGGACAAUGAAGUAUUUAAUGAUGAGAGUUGGGAAUCUGUCUAUCUAGCUGAUGUGCUAAUUGACUCUAGAUAUGAUGAUGCUGACCCCGACACUUUUGUGUCAACAUGGUACUCUCUCGAUUGCCCUAUGGACCCUUGUUUAUUUGACAACAUCGAGGAGAAGUAUUCCAAUGAGACAACGUUAUUGAGGUCUGAAAGGAAGCUCCUGUUUGACCGCAUAAAUUCUGGGCUCUUUGAAAUGUUCCAUCAGUUUGUGGACCCACUCCCGUGGGUGAAGCAGCCUACAGGGAAGGUGGACCUUACAAGGCAGAAGCAUUGGAUCGGUUACGAGCUGCGUAAGUUGUUGGCAAGUGAAGAGAAGAGCAUGCAUGAGGACGUGACAGAGAGGGUGUUGGAUAGGGAGAUGCAGUGGCUUGAUUCUGGGGAUGGCGUGGACGCGAUAGGGAUGGAAAUUGAGAAAUUGUUGAUGGAUGACCUAAUAGUGGAGUUGUUGGCAAGUGAAGAGAAGAGCAUGCAUGAGGACGUGACAAAGAGGGUGUUGGAUAGGGAGAUGUAG